AAUCUCCCCUCUCGGCAUUAACUUCCAUGUUUGUCAUCCAAUAACAUGUCCACGGCUUUUCUAGGGGUCCUCUUACUUCAUGAAAGUAUUUUCGCUAAAAUAUGUCUGGAACUCACAGGCGAUCCGAUCCAGGCAUAACGGCUAUCCUCUGCGCUUAUAAGAACCCGGCUACACUCUUCUCUUACCGAGUUUAUUCCACCACACCUCUUGGUUCAGUACCUCGAGCAACGACAGUUGACUAUCCUUUGUCACUCCCUUCACGAACAAAAAGUCAUAAUGACCUCCUACUUCCGUUCCAUCUUUGGUGGAAGCCCAUCUCCCAGUCACGACCACUCUUCCAAGUUACGCUCACGUUCUAACCCUGCAAACUUCUUCUAUGGCCCGCCAGCUGGUCCAAGUUCCUCUUCACGCCUAAAGACAAAACGAAGCAAUAGCUUCAGUGCUGCAGGAGCUCCUUCUCCACUACGAUAUACCACGUUUGAUGAUCCCAGAGACAUGAGAUACGGUACUCCGUCGAACGUCGAGAAGGUGCCGCUCUACAGGCGUGCCAGCUACAAGUCAUCCGAACAUCUCGGCCAGUAUCCUUUGUAUAAUUAUGCGCCACCCGUCUCGUAUGGCGCAUCUUCCCGUACCAGUUCGAGUUCUUCUUCGGGUUUUCCGGGCAUGCAUCCAGGCACCCCAUCUCCCUACGACAGACGGCCUUCUUUGCAACAGCGUCAUACUUGGCAGAGCAGUAUCUCAUCUGCGAAUGGAUCGGCUCCUUCAUAUAUUGCAAUGGAUCCACAUGGGAGACGCGCACCUGCACUGCAUAUGCAUCCACUCUUUGCCUCUACUCGCCUUCACUCCGCGCCCAUAAAUUACGACGUCAUCUGUGGCCCGUCGCCGCGAACCGUUCUAGACCGUACCACACAUUCACCCGUUGACGCCCAUACAUUAUCGCAACCAGCAACAGACCCACCCACUCCGGCAUCAUCUCGUAUCCUACUUCGUUCAGAUAAGUUCCCGUGGCCCGUGGUCGUCGGGUCUUGCAGAAAUGGGCGCUCUCCAGAUAUCACCAAUCUUGACCUUCUUCAUGCACUACAUGAGACGCUUCUUACGAGAGUCACGCCUCAAGAGUGGGAGGCGCUUGGUCAUGGAAGCAGGGCUCAACGGAAAGUCACGCAGGCGUAUGAACAGCGGUGUACCAGAUUGGGAGGCGGAUGGGAAGGCGGAGUCCGACGGGUGGAUUGGCUGCAUGGGAAAACUCGUUUGAUCGGAAUCGAAGUGGAGAAGCAUGGACCCGGCGCCGGCUCCGGAAGACUCAUUUUUGGCAAGGCUUGAAGCCGAUGCUUUUCAACUUUUGAGAUCGACAGCUACCGGGGCUAGUCCUCGUUACCUCAUACCUGCGAGACCUUUCUGCGGCGUAUCCACAGACGCCACUACAUCCCUGCGGA